AUACCCCUUGCCUCUCGACUUCAAUAUUCAGCUCUGCAAAACCUCUGUAUUUUCACUCUCUUCGUUUCAGCCUCUGCUUCUCCAAUUCCGAUCAAAUGGCGCUUCGUAAAUCACUCUCGGAGCGCCUUUUCGACGGUUAUAGAACUACCUCACACGCUGUAUCUUUAGAAUACCCACUUAUCUAUCUCAAAUCCACUAUUCCGCCCCCAAAUCCAGCCAAAACUAACUUCCACAGAGAGUACCUCACCUCGCCGGGGGCCUCCGGGAAAGGAUUUUUCCAGAGAUUUCUUCACCGUAGGGCGAUAAACCAGCUCCCUGAAUUCCUGUCCGCUCCUGUCGGUGAGAAGCUACGAGAGGGUCUCAAAGGCAUCAACAUUACCAAAGACCGGCUCCGCCUGGAUGAAGUCGCUCCCCCAACGUUCACCGGAGACGUAAAUUUGUUCGGAAUAUCGGUACAGGAUGCGAGAAAAGUGUUGAGGAUUUCUCAGGUGGAGAAAUUGAAAGCGAGGCUUAGGGAGAUCCCAAAGAGCUCGGUUUUGUAUUCUGAGUUUGUUCAGAUCUGUGUAGAAGAGUGUGGAAAUGAAGAUCAAGGUAUUGAGUUCGCUAAGAUGUUGGAUCAGUCUGCAACCGUCAUCGUUUUGGGGAAUAUCGUGUUUCUCCGACCCGAGCAGGUGGCCAAAUCAAUGGAGAAUAUAAUCUCUCAAUCAAUUGCUAUUCCAAAUGAUCCGAAAAGAAAACACCUGGAGCACAUGGAGUUGCAAAAAGCUAUAAUAGACCAAAAGGCCCGAGCCCAAGUUAAAGGGGAGCUUUACUGUGGACUUGGGUUCAUGGUGGCUCAAACACUUGGGUUCAUGAGGCUCACCUUUUGGGAACUCAGCUGGGAUGUGAUGGAGCCUAUAUGUUUUUUCGUCACAUCCCUUCACUUCGCACUUGCCUAUGUUUUUUUCCUUAGGACAUCCGUUGAGCCUUCUUUUGAAGGUUACUUCCAACGCAGGUUCAAGGCCAAGCAGCGGAAACUCAUGAAAAUUCACAAUUUUGAUAUCGAAAAUUAUAAUAAGCUCCGAAAAGCAUUCUAUCCUAACAUCAAUGAUGGUUUCCCUCGAGCGGAACAUUACAAGCCCUUCGGCGGUGAAGAUGAAAUGUUACUGAAGUUAAAAUGAUCUUCCAUUUUUCCUGUUAUAAAGUGGUACAAGAAAACAAAAACAACAAGCUUUGAUGGUAGUUUUUCCUUCAAGUAUUGUGUAAGGGCUCUGUUUGAUUUAUGUACUUGAAGGUUUCAGGAGGCGAUGGAAAGAAGUUAUGGACUUUUCAGUUUUAUUUAGAAUUAGGGCCCUUGGUAAAUAGUGAGUUGAUGUAUAUAUUUUGAACACAGUAGCUAGAUUUGGGGCCAAGUCUUCAGUAGUUUUAGACUGGGCCUUGACCCUCGUCAGUUGUUUUUGCUGGACUUGCCCACUGUCCACUGUGGGAUAGGUUCCUCCUCAACAAACUAUGUUCCUCCUUUGUAAAGCAGUUGUUUAAUUUAAUGGUAGAAGCUAUAUUUGCCCCCUUUUUCUUAA